AUGUCCGGGAAAGUGGAGACUGUCGGAGAGGACCCGACUCCAGACCGGGCCGAGGACAUUGAGAAGAUCCCCGCACAAGUGAACCACAACCCAGAGCAAAAGAUCUCAGACCAGAUCUCACAUGAGAGGCUUGAAGAGUUGGCUCCAAAUGGCGAAGGAGAGUACAUUCUGGAAAAGAUCAAUGGGAUGAGCGAGGAGGAAGCUCUCGAAAUCAUUGAAGAGUCUGUGGAAUUCUUCAAGGACGACUGGAACUUCCCCACCGAUAUGAGAGAGCGCAUGAAAAAACUGCUCGAAGGCCCGAAAGCCUACGGAGUGGACUACGAUCGCGAUUUGAGGAUCGAUGCCGUAAUGAUUCGAUAUUCCUCGCCGUACCCUGGUGUUCGCGCGGUGGCCGAGAUUUUGGAUGACAAGAACGUGCCUAUUGAGACAUUCCGCGCGUACUUUUUGGGAAUUGGCUGGGCAAUAAUUGGCACUUUUAUCUCGACUUUCUUCAAUUCUAGGUUCCCGUCCAUCACUUUAAGCGGUCAGGUCAUUCAGAUAUUGUUAUUCCCAUGUGCCAAAUUUCUAGAGUUUGUUCUUCCAGAUUGGGGCAUCACUGUCUUUGGAACACGCCAUUCUCUCAACCCAGGCCCUUGGAACUUCAAGGAGCAGAUGUUUGCAACCAUCACGUACAACAUUGCGAUCUACACCACCAACAGCUACGGCAUGAUCCUUGUACAAAAGUCUCCGGUCUACUACGGUCUUGCUUUUGUAAACUUUGGCUAUCAGCUUAUGCUCACGUUCUUCGUCCAACUCAUGGGCAUGGGUUUUGCUGGGUACCUUCGGCGAUUCAGUGUUUACCCAGUUAAGGCCCUUUGGCCAACGAUUCUGCCGACAAUCGCCAUGAACCGAGCAUUGACGCGUCCUGAGCCGAAGGAGAGUAUCAACGGAUGGACAAUUUCGCGAUACAAGUUUUUCUACGUCUGCACAAUCUGUAUGUUCUUCUACUACUGGUUCCCGGGCUACCUUUUCACGGCCUUAGCGACUUUCAACUGGAUGACCUGGAUCUCUCCAGAAAACGUUACUCUGGCCAUCAUCACGGGCUCCUCUCUGGGCCUUGGAUUGUUCAACCCCAUUACCACAUUCGACUGGAACGUUGCCACAUCUUCGUAUGCCGCCUUAGCUCAGCCCUUCUUCGCGACGUGUACAAUGUACUGCGGUUCUAUUGUGGGCGGAGCCAUCAUCCUUGGAAUUUAUUACACCAAUAUGUAUAACACGGCCUAUCUUCCGAUCAACUCCUCUUCUCCUUUUGCCAACGACGGCACGCCUUACGUGGUGCAAAAGGUGGUUGUCAAUAACCACCUUAACGAAACACUUUACCAGCAGUAUUCCCCACCAUUCUACUCGGCUGGGUAUCUCCUCACCGUCGGGGCCAAUUACUGCUUCUAUCCGGUUUAUUUCUUGUACAUCAUGGGAAACCAAUGGAAGACGAUAUCAGCAGCAUACGUCGACUUUUACAAGGGACUGCGCCACGGAAAGGGCAACUAUGAAGGAGCCAUGGACGUCCACAGCCGCCUCAUGGCACACUACGGAGAGGUUCCCGAUUGGUGGUUCUUGGUGAUUCUAGUCGGCGCCAUCGUCGUUUCCGUCAUAUUCCUGAAUAUUUACCCUCUCGAUACUCCGGUAUGGCUGGUGUUCUUAAUGAUUGGCAUCAACCUGGUCUUCGCAGUGCCACUUUCCUUCCUUUCCGCGACAACAGGGACGAACCUUGGACUCGGCGCCUUGAUACAGGUCAUUACAGGCUAUAUGCUGCCGGGCAACACAAACGCCUUUCUGUUCUCCCAGACCUUGGGGUCUUGGGCUCUCGCUGGCUAUGGGGACAACUACGUCCAAGAUCAGAAAAUGGCUCACUACACCAAAAUAGCACCAAGGGCCGUUUUCCGGAGUCAGAUUGGCACCAUCAUUAUCACAUGCUUCGUCGCGGUGGCUACGCAGAACUUCAUACUGGAAAACGUCAAGGGACUAUGCACCCCUACCCAGAUGAGCCGUUUUACGUGCGCAAAUGACGGGGCACCGUUGUAUGCAAACUCACUGAUGUGGGGGCUUCUCGGCUCGGAGCGCAUGUUUGUGUCCUUCUAUCCUAUCUUGAAAUGGUGCUUUCUCAUGGGAACAGUCAUCGCCAUCGUCUUCUUGGUCGGCCAGGGAUAUGGGCCGAAGUACCUCCCCGGGGUGCGAGAGAACCUACGACAAAAGCUGAGCCCAAAGACCUUCGCCCUCCUGGACAAAACUCUUUUCCCCUUUGUCGCCUCUUUUCUAUGGCUCAAUCCGGUCCUCGUCAUCCAGGGCAUCCAGCACUGGGCUCCCUCUAACCUUUCAUACAAGACUCCCGGGUUCAUUCUUGGGUACAUCUUCAUGUACUGGCUUCCCCGGCAUCGACUGGCCUGGUGGGAAAAGUACAACUACGUCUUGUCGGCGGCGUUGACUGCUGGAGUCGCCAUCUCAGCUUUAGUCAUGUUCUUCGCUGUAGGAUAUAACCCGAUUGCUCUGAAGUGGUGGGGAAAUACUGUCAGUGGCGCCGGAAUUGAUGGAAGUCAGAUCGGGAUCCUCCCGAUUCCUGAAAGAGGUUACUUUGGCCCCGAGAGGGGAACCUACCCGACGUAG